AUGGGCAAGUAUCAUUGCUUCCUUGACUUCACCAUCUGGAAAUUGGAGCUCAAGGAGCCAGCACAAAAAUACCAUUACUUUGGUUUAGAACUAUCCUCACAAUGUCCUUUCCUCAACUUCUCUGUGUCUAUAGGUUUGUCCCAGGAAAGCAUGACUCACCUUGAUGAGUUCCAGAAAGCACGUUUAGAGGAGAUGUGCAUCAUUGUUGACGGAAACGACCAGGUCAUAGGAGCUGAAACGAAGAGGAACUGCCACCUGAAGGAGAACAUUGAGAAGGGGCUGUUACACCGAGGCUUCAGCGUUGCCCUUUUCAAUAUGAAAGACCAGCUCUUUGUUCAGCAAAGAUCAGAUACUAAAUACACUUUUCCUGGGCAUUUUUCUGAUUCCUGUUCUGGUCACCCACUGAGCAUUCCAGAAGAACUGGAAGAAAAAGAUGCCCUCGGAAUAAGGAGGGCAGCCCUGAGGCGUCUGCAGGAUGAACUAGGAAUUUCCCAGGACCAGAUUUCCACAAAGGAUAUAAUUUGUAUGAGCCGAAUGUACCACAACAAUCCUUCAGAUGACAUCUGGGGAGAACAUGAAAUUGGUUACCUUCUGUUGGUGAGGAAAAACUUCACAAUGAACCCAGAUCCCAGGGAGGUCAAGAGUUACUGCUAUCUGAACCGUGAGGAGCUGAAGGAGCUCUUGGACAGAGGGGCCCAGGGGCAGGAGAAGGUCACUCCAUGGUUGGGGGAUAUUGCAGAGCGUCUGUUCAAGUGGUGGGAUCAUUUGCAGGAUGUCUCUCCAUUCGUGGAGCCUGACAAGAUAUACAACAGUGAAAAGAUGUGGGAAAACAAUGUUCCAAAUGGGGCCUCCCAAGCCUGUGGUUGAAGAGACAUGCAUA